CUGUCUGUCUGUCUGUCGACAGACAAACCCAAGAAUGACUGACUGACGGUGCGCACCCUACAGAUCAGAAUCCGGCCGCUGGGUGUCCGUCGUCUCAUGUUGGCUUGACUGAGUACUGCUGAGGAGUCGUGCGAAUGCUGCGUCAGCCCUGGAGGAUGCGGCUGGUAGGAUGUAGUCGAGGACAUCGAGUAUCUCGGGGUGGUCGUGGAGCUCCUUGGCUGUGACGACGCCCAGGACAGGCAGAUGGGUGUUCUUGAGAAAGGGGGCGUAGAGGGGCAUGUCCAGGCAGAUCAGCAGGUGAUGAUGGAGCGGGGCGUUGGCCAGCACCGUCUCGUCCACCCGCCCGGAGCCACCCUCCACCUCCAAGCCCCUGAAGUGGCUCUUCCAGUCUAUGUGGAACUGGUGCUUGCUGCCCAACACCAGGGCGCUCCCGCGGAGCCGCUUCAGCUGCACCAGCAACUUGUAGGCACGCUUGUAAUGCAGCAGCGUCGAAUAAGGGUCCGUCAAGAAGCUGAUAUAUAGCAGACACACAGACAGACAGGUUUCUGCCGUGCCGACUCCUUCCUCCUUGCCUACCUUGUGGAAACCUUCGUGGACAGUUUCGUGAAGUUCAUUUCCUUAACAGAUCUUGACACAGCCUGAUGAUGCGCUCAAGUUGAGAGCCUCCACCAGCAACGUUGAUGGAUUCAUGCACAAAC